ACUUGUUCUCUUUCCUCCUCUUCCACUUGCAGGGGAAUGGACCUCUUGGUUCAACGUGGACCAUCCUGGAGGCGAAGGGGAUUUCGAGACGCUGAAGGCCAUCCAGUUCUACUACCGUGAGCGUGUCUGUGCCCGGCCCCUGUCUAUCCAGGCCCGCACCACCGAGUGGGAGCUCCCCGAAGAAGUGGGGGAAGUUGUGCGCUACAGCCCCCAAGAAGGCUUCUACUGCCUCAACCAAGAGCAGCCUGGCAACAAGAGCUGCUCCAACUAUCAUGUUCGAUUCCUCUGCCCUGUAGAUCCUGUGGAGAGGUUGGGUUGGUCAGGUUGGUCUUCCUGGAGCGCCUGUUCCCAAACAGCAUGUGGCCUUAGUGGCAUCCAGACCAGACACCGAACCUGUUUGAAGCACUCUGAGCCAGUGCUGGGGCAGCUGCCGGAAUGUCCUGGGAAAUCCAUGGAACGUCGGACCUGCAGAUCUGAACCUUGCCAAGAACUCAAAUGGAGCCAUUGGGGGGCCUGGAGUCCUUGCUCAAAAACAUGUGGCAGUGGCGGGAAGCAAGUGCGUCGUCGAAGUUGCCAAAAAACUAAGCACACACAUUGUGUUGGGCGUCCCUUGGAGGUACAGACAUGCUCCUACAUACCUUGUCCAGCUUGCCAGCUCAGCUGCGCCACUGGCAUCCCCAACAAGGACUGUACGCGCUGCAUUUGUCCCAACCACACACUCUUGGGCACUGUACGGGUGGCAAAUGGGUUGGCCCUUGCCAGUGCCCAGAUAUCCCUCCCAGACCAACCUCUAGCCCCCUUGACCCAAAGCAAUCGUAGGGGUCAGUUCACCAUCCGUGGCAUCUGUGCUGGAAAUAGCACCAACAUCACUGCUAAGCUCGAGCGCUUUGCACCAGGUAGUGCCUCAACAGCCAUCAGUGGCUCUGGGACCUUUUCGGUGGAGAUUGUACUCCACAGACUCGAACAACUUUAUAUGGUGACCAAUCCUGAAUCAAAAGCGAGGAUGGUUGGAGAAAAAGUGAGGUUCUGCUGCAGUGCCCAAGGCACCCCUGAACCCCAAAAAUAUUACUGGUAUCAUAAUGGAACGCUCCUGAACUGGGAAGCAUACAAUUAUAGCAACAGCUUGGUGCUACGUGACUUGGAGACUCACCAAGCUGGCUCAUACCACUGCAAAGCCAGCAAUGACCACAGUUCAAUCAAAUCUUCCGUUGCCCAUUUGACAGUGAUAAGUCCAGAUGUUCCAGCAUGUACAGCCCAACCAGAAGAAUACCUCAUAAAACUCCCUGAUGAUUGUUUCCAAGAGGCAACAGGUUCCUACUUUUACAAUGUUGGCCAUUGCCCCAGUACCCGGUGUGCUGGAAACUCUGAAGAUGGCCUGCAGUGCCAAGAUGCUACGCAGCACUGUUGUGGAACAGUACGCAUGGAAGUGCGAGAGGUCCAUUGCAUUGGUUACAUCCUUCCCAUUAAAGUGGUUGCAGAGUGUGGUUGUACCACCUGUACUAGGCCCAAAGUCCUGGUCCAGGGCAAAGCAUCAGCAGCUGAUGAUGGUGAACCCCUCCGCUUUGGUGAGAUCUAUCUAGGUGCAGAGAAAAUUGGCUUCACUGGUUAUAAAGGCACGUUCACUAUAGAGAUGCCACCCAACACAAAGAGACUUGUGGUCAGGUUUGUGGAUCGGAUGCAGAAAUUUGUAGAUGCUGUCAAGGUUUUCCCAUUUGACCAACGUGGUGGGGCUGUCUACCAGGAUGUCAAAUUGAUGAGGAAGAAGAAGCCCAUUGACUUGGCAUCAACGGAGACUAAUAUCAUUCCACUGGGAGAAGUACCUGGAGAAGACCCUAUUGGAGAGAUAAUUAUCCCACCUGGAUCUUUCUUCAAACCUGAUGGACAAGUCUACAAUGGGACCGUCAAGGCAAGCAUUACUUUUGUAGACCCACGUGACAUUGGUACUGUGAGCACUGCCUCCAGUGACCUGAAUUUCAUCAAUGCAGAAGGCGAUCUCUUUCCUCUCAGAACAUAUGGCAUGUUUUCAAUGGAUUUUUGGGAAGAAGAGACACACCAGAGCUUAGAAAUCGGGCGUGUGGAGGUAAAGAUGGAUGCAGACCUCAUCAAAACUCUUGAACAUGCAGAGAAAAUGAAACUCUGGUCCCUCAAUCCUAUAACAGGCCUGUGGGAGGAAGAAGCAUCCCUCAAGUUGGCCAACAAGAAACGCAAGAAACGUGAAGAGAGAGCCUUUUUGAUUGGCAACUUGGAAGUCCGGGAAAGGCGCCUAUUUAAUCUGGAUGUUGCAGAAAACCGCCGCUGCUUUGUGAAAAUCCGGACAUACAUCAAUGAAAAGUUCAAUCCUAGUGAGCAGCUGGAAGGAGUUGUUGUUACUCUUGUCAAUCUUGAGCCCAGACCUGGUUAUCCUUCUAACCCUCAGGCCUGGGGUCGAUUUGAUAGUGUGGUGACGGGUCCCAAUGGUGCAUGCUUACCUGCUUUCUGUGACAGCCAGAGGGCCGAUGCCUACACAGCUUAUGUCACAGCAACCAUAGGAGGAGAGGAGUUGGAGGCUGUGCCUUCGAGCCCAACGCUCAACCCUCGUGCUGUGGGCGUUUCUCAGCCUUACCUCAAUAAGCUUGGCUACCAGCGAACCGACCAUGAGGACCCUGCGCUAAGGAAGACAGCCUUCAAGAUCAACCUCGCCAAACCCAACCAGAACAAUAUUGAUGAGACCAAUGGGCCCAUUUAUGCCUAUCGGAACCUGAAGGACUGUGAUCAGGCACCUGUCACAGCCAACCAUUUCCGAUUUUACCGAGGGGAGGAGGACAAGUAUGAAUAUAACGUUGUGCCUUUUAAAGAGAGUGACCUGACCAGCUGGACAGGAGACUACCUCUCCUGGUGGCCUAACCCUCAAGAAUUCCGGGCCUGCUAUAUCAAAGUGAAGAUUAAUGGGCCUCAAGAAUACAUGGUGAGGUCACGAAAUGUGGGUGGCAGUCAUCCAAGGACUCGGGGACAACUGUAUGGCAUAAGGGAUUCCCGUAGCAUCCGGGACCUUAACAUAUACAACAGCUCAGCAGCCUGCGUUGAAUUCAAAUGCAGUGGGAUGUUGUUUGACCAAGGAAUGGUGGACAGGACUGUAGUAUCUAUCAUCCCGCAAGGGAGCUGCCGCCAUACUGCUGUCAACAGCUACUUGAGGGAGUAUCUAAAUCGUCACCCACCUGUAGUAGAAAAUAAUGACACUUUGGCCUUCACCAUGUUGGCGCCAGUGGAUCCACUGGGCCACAACUAUGGCAUCUACACCGUGACUGACCAGAAUCCACACCUUGCCAAGGAGAUUGCAAUUGGGCGCUGCUUUGCUGGCACCUCAGAUGGCUUUUCGCGUGAGAUGAAGUCUGAUCAGGGCACGGCUGUGACUUUUACCUGUCAUGAAAAGCCAGUGGGGACAAAGAGCUUCUUUCAACGCCUGCUCGAAUCCCCAUCCCAGACGCUGACCGAGAUCCGCCGUGAGAUGAGAGGCAAUGAACAACUCCGGGGCCCUUCUCAAGUGGUGGCUUACCCGUCUGGAUUACGGACCAUGUUUUCUACACAGCGCCGUCCGAGCCGCCGAAGAAGGGUGGGCACUUCUCCAGUCCAACAGUGA